AUGGCCGGCGGAGACCAAACGAUAUCCGUGAAUGGAUCACUAUCUACCGAUAAGCUCGCUUCUCAGACUAAUUCUAUUGGUCUGGGGGUUGGUUUAGCACUUCCACCUGAACCUCAUGAUGGUAGUAAGCCUGUAAAUGGACCAACUAUAGCCGAUGUUUUGGGAACCGACACAUCACCUCAAAGUGCCACCAAUAAAAACCACACAACGGUAUCUUCAAAUAUGACGUCUACUGGACUUUUGAAUGAAAGUGGACACGCAACUAUAGGCCACAAUUCCCCUGCACCAGGUAGCUUGUCUUCAAGAUAUGAUGUGAUGCAACAUGUGUCAGGAAGUACCGAACCCCCUCUACUGCCGUCUACAAACUCUACAAUGACGAAUGUACAACUUUUUCAACGUAUGGACGAGGUUUCCGCUAGAAUGAUAGCUAUGGAGGAAAUGUUUAACAAAGUUUGCUGCAAGAUGGAUGAACAAGAAUCCACAAUUCAGAAGCUGAAGAUACAAAAUGAAGAUUACUCUCUCAAAAUUCUCCAGGAAAUAAGGUUUCUGAAUGCUAAUUUACCCAUAUUGGAGAACCCUGAAGAUAACGAAAAAGAUGCAUUUGUCACCGACCUUCUAAACUCCAUUACCAAUGUGAGCACGAGUUACCUUAAAAAAAUCAACUCAAAAAACUCACAAAGGUUCAAACGACAAAGAUUAAUGAUGAGUCCUGGAGAUUUAUCAAUCUUAGAUAAAAGAAAGUUUAGUAACGAGCUAACAGGCCACAACUUCAAUAGCCCUAGCGGCAACCAAACGGAGAGCCCCAUUUCAUCCCAUCAGCUUAGAGCGAGCAAUCUAGGCGACAUCACUGAUUCACAAUUACCUAAUUACUUAACGAAGCAGUCUUUUCAUCUCAAUCCAAAUGCCAUCAAGCUAAGGGCAGCGAGAAACACAGCAAAUACUUCAAAACACGCUACCAUCCAAUCAUAUAAUGACCUGACAUCAUUGAACAAUAUUGGGUCGAUGAGCUUGCCUAAUCUAACGUUGGAGAAUCUUACUAGAAGGAAUUUUACUGAAAAUUCGGUCAAUGCACCAGCUGGAGGACAAUCACAUGCCGCACCACCUCCAGCCUCCAAGGGACGCCAUGGGGUAUAUAUACAGGUAGGUUCUGAUGCGGAGCACGCAAACGAUGGAGACAUGGAAUCUUCCGACGAUGAAGAGGGAUACCAAGAAGAUGACGAAGAUAAACAAAGUAGCUCAGAGACGGAUGACAGACAUAGGGACGAAGACCGAUUUAAUAUAGACGACGAAGAGGAAGACGAAGCCGAAGAAGAAGAAGAUACUGAUAAAGAGCUUUUUGGCAUUCGUAGUGGUAAGAGAAUACAUCAAAGCGAAAAAAGGCAGAGAGAUAAAUUGAAAAGAAAACGGAAAGAAAGCCUGAAUGGGCCGAUUAUCAAAUCUGCUCCUAGUUCGCAAACGAACGCUGCGCAUACUCAACCUGUCGAAGAGAGACUUCAUUUGAGAAACGGCAAUAGGGCAAGCCUAUAUGUUGCCGAUAAGGAGCGCGACUUAAAUUAUACACUAUUGAAAGCUCCUGCAAAUGUAAAAACAAUAUGGCAAGAAUAUGUUGAGGGUAUUGAUGGUAAUCCUCCGGUAAAAUUCUUGGAGGAAACAUACGGAAAUAAAUGGAGGUUAAGUCGUAACGUCAAGACUUUUGCGCGACGUAAGCGGUUAUAUAAAUUCAUUUUGAGGGGCAUAAACAAGGGACGAAGUGCUGAUGACAUGGUUGAGAUUUUAGAAAAGAGAAGAAUCUACAAAAACGAGCAUGGUGAAGUCAAGAAGAGAACAAUCGGAUGGCUGCAACAAAGCCUGAGCGGCAUAUAA